AUGCUGGAGUCAUAUGUAACUCCAAUUUUAAUGAGCUAUGUGAAUCGCUACAUCAAGAACUUAAAGCCAUCGGAUCUGCAACUUUCAUUAUGGGGCGGAGACGUGGUUCUCAGCAAGCUAGAAUUAAAGUUGGAUGUACUGGAACAGGAGCUGAAAUUACCGUUCACUUUUUUAAGUGGACAUAUUCACGAAUUGAGGAUCCAUGUACCAUGGACAAAAUUGGGUUCAGAACCAGUGGUCAUUACUAUUAAUACAAUGGAAUGCAUUUUGAAACUUAAAGAUGGAAUACAGGAUGACCAUGAAAGCUGUGGCUCCAAUUCUACCAGCUGUAGUACUACUGAGACCACAAAGUCAUCAGUGAGACCCCGAAGGACUCAGCAGACUGCCCCCAUAGAUCCCGAUUUACCACCAGGUUAUGUGCAGAGCCUGAUUAGACGAGUUGUAAAUAAUGUAAACAUUGUAAUAAAUAAUCUCAUACUAAAAUAUGUUGAAGAUGAUAUUGUUCUAUCAGUUAAUAUCACUUCUGCGGAAUGCUAUACAGUAGGUGAAUUAUGGGAUCGUGCAUUUAUGGAUAUUUCUGCAACUGAUCUGGUACUUAGAAAGGUUAUAAAUUUUUCAGACUGUACAGUCUGUCUUGAUAAGCGAAAUGCCAGUGGUAAAAUUGAAUUUUACCAGGAUCCUUUGUUGUAUAAAUGUUCCUUUAGAACUCGCCUGCAUUUUACAUAUGAUAACCUAAAUUACAAGAUGCCAUCUGUUAUUAAAAUUCAUACCUUAGUUGAGAGUUUGAAACUUUCUAUCACAGAUCAACAACUGCCGAUGUUUAUCCGUAUAAUGCAACUAGGGAUUGCUCUUUAUUAUGGAGAAAUAGGUAAUUGUAAAGGUGGAGAAACAGAAGAACCUUCCUGUCAUAAUAAAGAUAUGUUAGGAAACAUUACAGGUGCUGAGGAUGAAGUAAGAAUAGACAUGCAGUAUCCCGCUCAGUACAAAACCCAAGAGUUACAUUCACAGCAAGAUGAUGAGCAGUCACAGGGAUGGGUAUCAUGGGCCUGGUCAUUUGUGCCUGCAAUUGUGAGUUAUGAUAAUGAUGAGGAAGACUACCUAGGAAAUGAUCCGACAGCCACCAUGCAUCAACAAAAAGCACAGACUUUGAAGGAUCCUAUUGUUUCUAUAGGAUUUUAUUGCACAAAGGCAACUAUAACUUUCAAGAUCACUGAAAUGCAAGCUGAGAGUAGUUAUUACAGCCCUCAGAAAGUCAAAUCUAAAGAAGUGUUAUGUUGGGAGCAAGAAGGAACUACAGUUGAGGCCCUAAUGAUGGGAGAGCCAUUCUUUGAUUGCCAGAUUGGUUUUGUAGGUUGCCGAGCCAUGUGCCUUAAAGCCAUUAUGGGUAUCAAAGAUUUUGAAGAGAAUAUGACUAGAAGUGAAACAGAAGCCUGUUUCUUCAUUUGUGGAGAAAAUUUGAGUACAAAAGGUUUGACAUACCUUACAAAUUCAUUGUUUGAUUACCGAAGCCCAGAAAAUAAUGGUACUCGUGCAGAGUUUAUCUUAGAUGCGGCUCAUCAUAAGGAGACAUACACUGAGAUGGCUGGGAUGCAGAGGUUUGGGGCUUUUUACAUGGAUUACCUGUAUACAAUGGAAAACACCAGUGGCAAAGGUUCUGCAAAUCAGCAAGACUUUUCUUCAGGGAAGAUUGAAGAUUUGGGAACACUUCAGGAGAAGUCUAUCAAAAACCUUGUUAUAGGUCCUCUUGAUUUUCGUUUGGACAGUAGUGCAGUACAUAGGAUUUUGAAAAUGAUUGUUUGUGCCUUGGAACAUGAAUAUGAACCAUAUAGCAGACUAAAACCAGAAAUUAAGGAAGAAAAUGAAACACUACUGAAUCAUGAAGAAGUGGCAACUCUUGAGCAAUAUAUUCCUACUCGGUUUACAAGUGUUACUCUCCUCAAAUGUACCUGCACAAUUUUCAUGGCUGAGUUCAACUUGCUGGGCCAUUUGAUACCUGUAAUUAUGGGAGAAAAGAGCUUGGGUAACUUCACGAAUACUGCAAACUUCCAGCCUCUUAGACCUUUGCCAUCCAUUCAGAUAUUGGUGGAUAAGAUUAAUCUGGAACAUUCUGUGCCAAUGUAUGCAGAACAGUUGGUGCAUGUGGUCAGCAGCCUUACUCAGCCUUCUGAUAAUUUGCUUCAUUAUUGUUAUGCACAUUGCUACCUUAAGAUAUUUGGUUUCCAGGCAGGACUGACAUCUUUGGAGUGUAGUGGAUCUUAUUGUUUACCUGUACCAAUUAUUCCCUCUUUCAGCACUGCUCUUUAUGGUAAACUUCUGAAACUUCCCAUGUGCUGGACCAAACGAUCUCAAGUUCCUAUAACUGAAGGUAUAUUUGAACUUCCAAAUCUCACAAUUCAAGCUACUAGAGCACAGACUCUUCUGCUACAAGCAAUAUAUCAAAGUUGGUCUCAUACUGGAAACAUUAGCUCCUCAACAGUGAAUGAAGCUUUAAUGAAUGAAGUCUUCCAAAGUACAGGUGUGAAAUCUAAGAAUCCCCUGCCAACUCUUGAGGGCUCGGUCCAGAAUGUUGAAUUGAAGUACUGCAGCACAUCAUUGGUCAAAUGUGCCUCUGGGACCGUGGGAUCAAUAAAAAUUUGUGCCAAAGCCCCAGGUGAUAGUGGAAAAGAGAAGCUCAUUCCCUUGCUUCAGGGUUCUUCUGACACUAAAGAUCUUCAUAGUAGCAAGUGGCUCAAUGAAAGUAGGAAGCCAGAGUCACUCUUAGCUCCAGAUUGGAUAGCCUUCACCAUCCAAGUGCCACAGUAUGUGGACUACCGCCACAAUCCUGGUGCUGUGCUUCUUUGUAGAGUGCAAGGACUAUCAGUCAAUAUUGACCCAAUUUUAUAUACAUGGCUUAUCUAUCAGCCUCAGAAACGUACCAGUAGACAUAUACAACAGCAGCCCGUGGUCCCUGUUCCUCUUGUUAUGCCACUUGGCAGAAGGAAAGAGGAUGAAGUGUCUGUUGGAAGCGCUCCUUUGGCAAAGCAGCAGUCGUAUCAGGCCUCUGAAUAUGCCAGCAGCCCUAUAAAAACAAAAACCGUAACAGAAUCCCGACCACUGUCAGUCCCUGUGAAAGCCAUGCUGAAUAUAUCUGAAGGCUGUCGAAGUCCUGAAGAAAGGAUGAAAGAAUUUAUUGGAAUAGUAUGGAAUGCAGUAAAAAGUCUCACAUUGCAGCUUGAAGUACAAUCUUGUUGUGUGUUCAUUCCAAAUGAUAGCCUACCAUCCCCAAGUACAAUUGUAUCUGGUGACAUUCCUGGCACAGUAAGAAGUUGGUACCAUGGUCAAAUCAGCAUGCCGGGAACGCUGGUCCUUUGUUUGCCUCAAAUAAAGGUUGUUAGUGCUGGUCAUAAGUGUAUGGAACCUUUGCAGGAGAUUCCAUUUGUCAUCCCACGACCCAUCCUCGAAGAAGGUGAUGCUUUUCCUUGGACCAUCAACUUACAUCAUUUCAGCAUAUAUACCCUUCUUGGAAAACAAAUAACACUUUGCCUAGUGGAACCUAUGGGUUGUACAUCUACUCUGGCUGUCACAUCUCAGAAACUACUUGCUACAGGACCUGAUACAAGACAUUCGUUUGUUGUUUGUCUGCAUGUUGACCUAGAGUCACUUGAGAUAAAAUGCUCAAACCCCCAGGUCCAGCUCUUAUACACACUAACUGAUACCAUGAAUAAGGUCUGGAAUAAGAUUCAGAAGAGAGGCAAUCUCAGUCCAUGUUCAGCCUAUCCAGAGCCCACCGUGGGGGCUGCCCCGAGCUCUCCUGUUAGAAGCAGUGUAGGCACAGCUCCUCCAGACACCAGCACAUGCAGCCCGUCUGCUGACAUUGGAACUAUGACUGAGGGAGAUUCCUUACCAGCAGGUGAUGACUCACCAUUUUCUGAUUCUGUCACUUUGGAACAAACUACCAGUAGCAUUGGUGGAUCCAGUGGGCGUGUUAGUUUAUGGAUGCAGUGGGUGCUCCCCAAAAUUACUGUCAAGCUCUUUGCUCCUGAUCCUGAGAAUAAAGGCACAGAGGUUUGUAUGGUCAGUGAACUAGAGGAUCUCAGUGCUUCCAUAGAUGUCCAGGAUGUAUACACCAAAGUCAAAUGUAAAAUAGAGAGUUUCAAUAUUGAUCACUACAGAAGCAGCCUUGGGGAAGAGUGUUGGUCUUUGGGGCAAUGUGGAGGUGUCUUCCUGUCCUGCACUGACAAGCUGAACAGACGCACAUUGUUGGUUCGACCCAUCAGCAAGCAGGACCCUUUCAGUAAUUGCUCUGGCUUCUUUCCUUCUACUACCACAAAACUUUUAGAUGGCUCCCAUCAGCAGCAUGGAUUUCUCUCUCUGACAUACACAAAAGCUGUAACAAAAAAUGUCCGCCACAAAUUGAUAUCAAGAAAUGAACGAAGAAGUUUCCAUAAGUUAUCAGAAGGUUUAACAGAUGGUUCUCCUCAUUUUCUUCAUGAGAUUCUUCUUUCAGCACAAGCCUUUGAUGUUGUCCUUUGUUUUCCUUUACUUAAUGCCAUUGCAAGUAUAUUUCAAACUAAACUACCAAGGACUCAAAAAGAGAAAAGAAACUCUUCUGGUCAGCCCAUGAGGACCCAUACGCUGACUUCACGUAACUUACCUUUGAUUUACAUCAACACAAGUGUAAUCAGAAUUUUCGUUCCCAAAACAGAGGAAAUACAGCCUACUAUUGGAGAUCACCAGGCAGGGAAGGAAGACACCAUGGUUGUAAAGAUUGGCUCUGUUGCCAUGGCUCCCCAGGCUGACAAUCCUCUUGGCAGAUGUGUCCUGAGGAAAGAUAUUUACCAGAGAGCCAUGAACUUAGGAAUUCUUCGUGAUCCUGGUUCCGAAAUUGAAGAUAGACAAUACCAAAUAGACCUGCAGUCCAUCAAUAUUGGUACUGCACAGUGGGAUCAACUGAAACCAGAGAAAGAGAUUGGCAGCGGAGGAGUGCUCACAGAGAGUGAGAGAAAUUCUCAAAAUCCAGCACUCGAGUGGAACAUGGACAGCAGCAUAAGAAGACAUCAGGAAAGAAGAGCAAUUUUAACUCCAAUUUUGACGGACUUUUCUGUCAGAAUAACUGGAGCACCUGCUAUCAUUUUCACCAAAAUAAUUUCUCCGGAGAAUUUGCAUACUGAGGAGAUUUUAGUGUGUGGUCAUUCCUUGGAAGUGAAUAUAACCACAAACCUGGACUUCUUCCUAAGUGUGGCUCAAGUUCAACUCUUACAUCAGUUAAUAGUAGCAAAUAUGACUGGACUGGAACCACCAAACAAGGCCACAGAGAUCUCUAAACAAGAGCAGAAAAAAAUGGAUGCAUUUGAUGGAGGCAUGGCUGAAACCUCAUCUCGGUACAGUGGCGCCCAGGAUAGUGGAAUUGGCAGCGACAGUGUCAAGAUCAGAAUCGUGCAAAUAGAGCAGCACAGUGGCACCAGUCACCAUCGUAUUGCCCGACCCUCACGCCAGUCAUCAAUUGUAAAAAAUCUCAAUUUUAUUCCCUUUGACAUAUUUAUUACUGCCAGUAGAAUCUCACUCAUGACUUAUUCCUGCACAGCCUUACUGAAAUCUAAGUCACAGGAACAGAACAAUAAUGAAAAAACAGGCAAGAGUUCAUCAAAUGUCCCAGAAGUUGAUUCAGAAGAUGUUGCUAAACCCAACCAGACAUGUAUUUCCUCAGUAACAGCAGAAGAUCUCUUAAGCAGUAGCAUCUCUUUUCCAUCAGGGAAGAAAAUAGGAUUUCUGUCUCUUCAGAGUCUUCAUGCAUCCACAAGGUCAUCUGCUAGACAAGCACUUGGUAUAACUAUCGUUCGGCAGCCUGGACGCAGAGGAAAUGGGGACUUACAGCUAGAACCUUUUCUGUACUUGAUUGUGUCUCAGCCUUCCUUACUGCUGAGUUGUCAUCACAGAAAGCAGCGAGUGGAAGUAUCCAUUUUUGAUGCUGUGCUUAAAGGCGUAGCUUCUGAUUACAAAUGUACAGAUCCUGGGAAGACUCUGCCAGAAGCCCUUGACUACUGCACUGUUUGGCUGCAAACUGUGCCUGGAGAAAUAGACAGCAGAAGUGGUAUUCCACCUUCCCUUGUAACACUGCAAAUUAAAGACUUCCUUAAUGGCCCAGCAGACAUCAACUUGGAUAUAUCAAAACCUUUGAAAGCAAACCUGAGCUUUACCAAACUGGAUCAGAUAAACCAAUUUUUAAAGAAGAUUAAAAAUGUCCACUGUUUUGCACCCAGCAAAAACACUUCAGCCCUUUCAGACACGAUGCUGAGUAAGGAUGAACUUCCAGCCACCAAAUGUUACCAUGGGCACUUGUCUAAGCCUGAAGUUCACAGUGAUGGAGCACAGAAGAUUCCUGUUCAGGAAAACGUGUGGAGAACUGUUUCUGGCUUUCAGAAGGUUUCUAUCAGUACUACUCAGAUUGUGGUCUCCAUGGAAACAGUCCCUCAUCCUAGUAAACCAUGCCUGUUAGCCUCUUUAUCAAACCUCAGUGGAAACCUUAGUGUCAAAGCAGCGCAAAAAGUACCUGGCAUCAUUCUUGGGUCAUCAUUUCUGCUCAGCAUAGAUGAUCUUCUCCUUAGAACAAGCCUCAAGGAAAGAAGUCGAGUUCUGAUAGGACCAUGCUGUGCUACUGCCAAUCUGGAAGCUAAAUGGUGUAAGCACAGCGGCAAUCCAGGCCCAGAACAAUCCAUACCAAAAGUGUCUAUUGACGUAAGAGGAGGACUACUACAGGUCUUCUGGGGUCAAGAACAUUUGAAUUGUUUAGUUCUUCUGCAUGAGUUACUCAAUGGAUACCUUAGUGAGGAGAGAAAUUUUGAAGUGCAAGUGUCCGAAGCAGUGUCUCAAAUGCCAUCAUCUAUGGAAAAUAAGCAAAAUAAGAGUGAACAAAGUUCAGACGAUCUACGGACCGGUCUGUUUCAGUAUAUACAAGAUGCUGAACCUUUGAAGCUGCCUGAUAUCUAUGAAGUGUUGUUUUACAAUGAAACUGAAGAUAGUCCAGGGAUGAUGCUGUGGAGAUACCCAGAACCUAGAGUGCUCACCCUUGUACGAAUAACUCCUGUGCCCUUCAACACCACAGAGGAUCCAGAUAUUAGCACAGCAGACCUUGGUGAUGUGCUGCAGGUUCCUUGUAGUUUGGAAUACUGGGAUGAACUACAGAAAGUUUUUGUUGCAUUUCGAGAAUUCAGUCUGUCAGAAAGCAAAGUUUGUGAACUGCAAUUGCCGGAUAUCAAUCUUGUGACUGAUCAGAAGAAACUGGUGUCCUCAGAUCUCUGGAGGAUUGUCUUGAACAACAGUCAGAAUGGAGCUGAUGACCAAAGCUCUGCAAGUGAAUCUGGUUCUCAAAGCACCUGUGAUCCACUUGUAACUCCAACGGCCCUGGCUGCCUGUACCAGAGUUGACUCCUGUUUCACGCCCUGGUUUGUUCCAUCUCUUGGCCUUUCCCUCCAGUUUGCUCACCUGGAAUUCCAUCUUUGUCAUCACCUGGAUCAACUAGGCACAGCUCCACCACAAUACUUACAGCCUUUUAUUUCUGAUAAAAAUGUGCCAUCAGAACUGGAAUACGUGAUUGUUUCCAUCAGAGAACCACACGUGUACCUUCGACAGUGGGCUGAUGGCUCUGUCUGUCAGGAGAUCCGGUUCUCAGCUCAAGCUGACUGUAAACUUCUAGAAUGCAGAAAUGUUACCAUGCAAAGCGUGGUGAAACCCUUCAGCAUCUUUGGACAAAUUGCAGUUUCCAGUGAUGCAACAGAAAAGCUGCUUGACUGCACGGUGAUAAUUGAUUCUAUAUUUAUAAAUUUUGGACAACAUGUCGUUCAUUCUCUGAGCACUGCAAUACAAGCUUGGCAGCAGAACAAAUGCCCUGAGGUAGAGGAGUUGGUCUUCAGCCAUUUUGUGAUCUGUAAUGACACACAGGAGACACUGCGGUUUGGCCAGGUGGAUACUGAUGAAAAUGUUCUGCUGGCGAGUCUCCGUAGUCACCAGUACAGCUGGCGUUCUCACAAAUCCCCACAGCUGUUACACAUCUGUAUUGAAGGUUGGGGCAAUUGGCGUUGGUCAGAACCCUUCAGCGUGGACCAUGCCGGAACUUUUAUUAGAACAAUUCAAUACAAGGGUCGAACUGCUUCACUUAUCAUCAAGGUUCAGCAACUCAGUGGAGUGCAAAAACAGAUUAUCAUCUGUGGAAGACAAAUCAUCUGUAGCUACUUGUCUCAAAGCAUAGAACUGAAAGUUGUUCAGCAUUAUAUUGGUCAAGAUGGACAAGCUGUGGUUCGAGAACAUUUUGACUGCCUCACAGCCAAACAGAAAUUGCCUUCCUACAUACUAGAAAACAACGAACUGACAGAGCUGUGUGUGAAGGCCAAAGGAGAUGAGGAUUGGUCAAGAGAUGUGUGCUUGGACCCCAAGACCCCUGAGUAUAGCCUUGUCAUUCAGGUGCCAUCUUCAAACAGCUCCAUUAUUUAUGUCUGGUGUACAGUUUUGACUUUAGAACCCAAUUCUCAAGUGCAGCAACGGAUGAUUGUGUUCAGCCCUCUUUUUAUCAUGAGGAGUCAUCUUCCAGACCCCAUUAUCAUACAUUUGGAGAAGAGGAGUCUGGGAUUGAGUGAAACACAAAUUAUUCCAGGAAGAGGACAGGAAAAACCACUGCAAAACAUAGAACCUGACCUUGUACAUCACUUAACAUUUCAAGCAAGAGAAGAAGAUGAUCCUUCAGACUGUGCUGUUCCCAUCUCAACAUCCCUCAUUAAACAAAUAGCCACAAAGAUACACCCUGAAUGCCCAGCUGAUCAGAUCCUUUCAGAAUUCUAUGGGCUAGAAAAAUCCCUUCAGCCCACAUGGCCCUAUAAUAAGAAGGAUUCUGACAGGAAUGAACAGCUGAGUCAGUGGGAUAGCCCAAUGCGGGUAAAGCUGUCAGUCUGGAAGCCAUAUGUUAAAACCUUGUUGAUAGAACUUCUACCCUGGGCCCUGCUUAUCAAUCAAUCCAAGUGGGACCUCUGGCUAUUUGAAGGAGAGAAGAUUGUUCUACAGGUUCCUGCUGGCAAAAUUAUUAUCCCUCCUAACUUUCAGGAAGCUUUUCAAAUUGGCAUAUACUGGGCAAAUACAAAUACUGUGCACAAGUCAGUAGCAAUUAAACUGGUCCAUAACCUGACAUCUCCAAAAUGGAAAGAUGGCGGUAAUGGUGAAGUUGUGAUAUUGGACGAAGAGGGAUUUGUUGAUGCGGAAGUAAGACUUGGUGCUUUCCCAGGACAUCAGAAGUUGUGUCAGUUCUGCAUCUCCUCCAUGGUACAACAAGGCAUGCAAAUUAUUCAGAUUGAAGACAAAACUACAAUAAUCAACAAUACACCGUAUCAAAUAUUUUAUAAGCCGCAGUUAGUCAUCUCCAGUCCUCAUUCUGGAAAGGAGUAUUUUCACGUUCCAGACAGCACAACUUUUAGCAUCUGCCCAGGUGGAGAGCAGCCUGCUGUGAAGUCAAGCUCCCUGCCCUGCUGGGACUUAAUGGCUGACAUCAGUCAGUCAGUGCUGGAUGAAGCCCUGCUUCAGAAACAAAUAUUGCUGGGCUUUUCCCCUGCUGUGGGUGUCGACAGCUCUCAGUGCUGGAGCCUGCCAGCUAUAGUCAAACAAGAGUUUCCCAGACAAAGCGUGGCCGUGCCCUUCGGGAGUACUAGGGAAAAUGGCUUCUGUACCAGGGCAAUAACACUGACAUAUCAAGAACACUUUGGAGUGAUUUAUUUAACCCUCUCAGAAGACCCUAGUCCUCGGAUAAUUUUCCAUAACACAUGUCCAGUAGCAAUGCUUAUAAAGGAAAAUAUCAAAGAUAUUCCAAAGUUUGAUGUUUACUGCCGAAAAAUUCCUUCUGAAUGUUCAGUUCACCAUGAGCUAUACCAUCAGAUUUCCAGUUACCCAGACUGCAAAACCAAAGACUUACUUCCUAGCCUCCUUUUGAGAGUAGACUUGCUAGAAGAAACUGCAGCUGAAUGGAGUGAUGCCAUUGACAUCAACCAUCAGGGAACCCAGGUUUUGUUCCUAACUGGCUUUGGCUAUGUGUAUGUGGACAUUGUUCAUCAGUGUGGCACUAUCUUCAUAUCUCUGGCCCCAGAAGGAAAAGCAGGACCUAUUUUAAGCAAUCCCACAAGGACACUGGAGAAGAUUGUUACAUUUAAAAUGUUCAUCACUCAAUUGAGCCUGGCAGUGUUUGAUGACCUCACACACCACAAAGCAUCAUCUGAACUUCUGAGACUCACACUGGACAAUGUGUUUCUCCAGAUGGCCCCAGUGGCUGGUCACCUCCCUGUGGAAGAGACCCCUGAAGCCCUCUUUCAGCUUUACUGUAUUGAGGUCUACUGUGGGGACUUGCAGUUGGACAACCAACUUUAUAACAAGUCCAAUUUCCACUUUGCUGUCUUGGUCUGCCAGGGAGAAAAAACAGAACCUCCUCAGUGUUCCAAACUGCAGAGUCUCCUCGUAUCCAGUGAAGAUUUGGAAGAGUACAAGGAAAAAUGUUUUAUCAAACUUCACCUCACCUUAACUGAGGGCACAAGCUUCUUAUUUGAUAUUAAUGAGUUCAGUUUUGAAUUGAAACCUGCCAGGUUGUAUGUGGAAGAUACCUUUGUGUACUAUGUCAAAACUUUGUUUGACACCUACCUCCCAAACAGCAAGCUGACUGGUCACUCCAGGGCCCUCUCAGGAGGUAAACAGGCGUUGCCUGUGCAAGUCAGCCAGCACGCCAGAGCCUUGGUGAAUUCUGUGAAGUUACGGAAGCUGGUAAUACAGCCGGUGAACCUCCUCGUCAGUAUCCAUGCUUCCCUCAAGCUGUAUAUAGCCUCCGACCACACUCCUCUCUCCUUCUCGGUGUUUGAAAGAGGGCCCAUCUUCACCACAGCCAGGCAACUCAUCCAUGUGCUGGCAAUGCACUAUGCCGCCGGGGCUCUCUUCAGAGCAGGUUGGGUGGUAGGCUCUCUGGAGAUCCUCGGCAGUCCUGCGAGUUUGGUGAGAAGCGUAGGAAACGGGAUCGCUGACUUCUUCAGGCUUCCGUAUGAGGGGCUGACCCGGGGCCCCGGAGCAUUUGUCAGUGGCGUUUCCAGAGGGACCACAUCAUUUGUAAAGCACAUUUCCAAAGGUACCCUCACCUCCAUCACCAACCUGGCAACGAGCCUGGCCCGGAACAUGGACCGACUCUCGCUGGAUGAGGAGCACUACAACCGGCAGGAGGAAUGGCGGCGGCAACUCCCAGAGAGCCUGGGCGAGGGGCUCCGACAAGGCUUGUCCCGGCUGGGCAUCAGCCUGCUUGGGGCAAUUGCUGGCAUAGUCGAUCAGCCAAUGCAGAACUUCCAGAAAACAUCGGAGACCCAGGCUUCAGCAGGACACAAGGCCAAGGGUGUUAUCUCAGGUGUGGGGAAAGGCAUCAUGGGGGUGUUCACCAAGCCCAUCGGAGGAGCAGCUGAGCUUGUGUCACAGACUGGCUACGGUAUUUUACACGGAGCUGGACUUUCUCAGCUUCCCAAACAGCGCUAUCAGCCAAGUGAUCUACAUGCUGACCAAGCUCCAAAUAGCCAUGUCAAAUACGUCUGGAAAAUGCUUCAAUCGCUGGGCAGACCAGAAGUCCACAUGGCCCUGGAUGUGGUUCUGGUGAGGGGCUCAGGCCAGGAACACGAAGGGUGCUUGCUGCUGACAUCAGAAGUGCUCUUCGUGGUGAGCAUCAGUGAUGACACGCAGCAGCAGGCCUUCCCCGUCACAGAGAUCCACUGUACACAAGACAGCAAGCAAAAAAGCCUGCUCAUCCUGCAGCUCCAGCAGCCACGAGUGGCCUGUGACGUGGAGGUGGAUGGAGUCCGAGAGAGACUGUCAGAGCAGCAGUACAACCGACUUGUGGACUACAUCACAAAGACAUCUUGUCACCUGGCCCCCAGCUGCUCUUCCAUGCAAACAGCGAGCCCUGUGGUACCUGUGGAGCCUCUUCCCACCACUGUUAAAACGUACCAUUAUCUGGUUGAUCCAUAUUUUGCUCAGGUCUUCAUUAGUAAAUUUACUAUGGUGAAAAAUAAAGCCCUGAGGAAAGGGUUUCCUUGA